CUGUACAAAAUCAACUGCAAUGUUCACAAACUCGAUAGGGAAAUAUUCAUUGUUCAGGUCUCGCUAGUACGAUUUUCGGGCCCCGGCCGCACUGAGACUUUGUUUCAUUUGGACAAGCACACCAACAAGGACGAUCUGAUUGAAGAACUGUUCCGGAUGCAGCCAACCGGUGGCACAACUCGAACUGGCGAGGCCAUUCACUAUGCUAUCAAGCAAUUUGCUAAUGGAAAACAUGGGGCGAGAAAAAACGUGCGGAAAUUCAUUGUCCUGUUCACCGAUGGAUAUGCACAGGAUGAUCCUGCGACUGCCGCUGAUACAGCUCGGGAGGAAGGCAUCACAAUGUUGGCUGUUGCUGUUAGAGAUCGGCUAAGACCCAAUGAACAAGAACUAAUAGAGAUAACUAGGAACAAAGAAGUGAGUUGA